UCGGAGGGACGAGUGGAAAGUCUGAGCUGCUUGCAGUCUCGUUGAUCCAGCCUCGGGUAGUAUGUACCGUGACGUGACAAUGGCGGUAGUCGUAAUUACGAAACGGUACGUUAUUGUGAUCAGCUGAUCAAGCGAGCCCAACGGAAAGAGCAAAAUCGAGAAAAUACGCGCGAUAAAUAAUAGAACGAGAAUUCGAGACGGAGUCGAGGUAUCGAAGCUCUGCGAGAUAAUUCGAAGACAAAAAGUCAAGAGAAGAAGGGAAUUGGAUUUUCGGCUAUGUCAUUGCGCUUGUGAUUUGCUCUGCCUCUAGGGCACCGGUGCUCUUUUGUGUUGUGUGAAUAGUGGCUUGCAUUUUUGCGGCUGUGUUGUGUGCAUGUGUGCGUGAAAUUCGCAAAAGCGAUAGAUAAAUGUGUCUUAGCCAUGCCUGCUGUGCGGAAGUAUAGAAGAGAUACCAGUGAAGUGAGCUGCUGUCUCAAGUAUGUGAUCUUUGGAUUUAACGUGAUGUUUUGGUGGCUGGGUUUGGGUAUCAUGGCGGUAGGUGUAUGGGCUUGGACCGAAAAGGACACGUUCAACAAUUUGUCCAGGCUCACAAAUGUUGCGCUCGACCCAGCAUUUAUCCUCAUUCUAGUCGGUACAGUGACAUUUAUCAUUGGGUUUACGGGAUGCGUUGGCGCACUCAGGGAAAAUACGUGCCUCCUAGCUACGUAUGCGAUAUUUCUGGCGUUAUUAUUGUUAAUGGAGAUGGCAGCCGGUGUCUUAGGAUUUGUCUUCAAGGACUGGAUAAAAUCACAAGCCACUGGCGGUUUCCAAGCGUUCAUCAUCCACUAUAGAGAAGAUCCUGAUCAGCAGAAUCUCAUCGAUUGGAUUCAAGAGGAUUGGUUACAGUGCUGCGGCAUCGAGGGCCCUAAAGACUGGGAUCGCAAUAAUUAUUUCAAUUGUUCGUCGAGCGACAUUGGCUCGAGGGAAGCAUGCGGCGUGCCUUUUAGCUGUUGUAAACGAAAGCCAAAUGAAAUUAUAAAAAAUAAACAGUGCGGCUAUGAUGUUAGAAAACCUAGCUACACUGGGGAGAGGAGUAUAUACGAGAGAGGCUGUCUAAGAGCAGGCGAAGAAUGGCUAGAAUUGAAUCUCGUACCUGUCGCUGGUACUGUUGUCAGCACAAUGGUCUUACAGAACUAUGAAGUUGCCAAAGUGAUUUAUGAAAAAGGUUGUAUUCAAGCUGGGGAGGAAUGGGUGGAACGAAAUCUUCUUGCAAUUGUCACUGGGGCGGUUACCACGGCAUUUGCACAGAUUCUGGGAAUCUGUUUCGCUCAAAAUCUUCGAGCAGACAUAUUCGCACAAAAAGCAAAGUGGCAUUGACAAUUUCGGGCCCCCACGGCGGUCUAGCAUCUUAUACUAAUAGAUGCUGAUCAGUUGCGUUGAUCGAACUGGAGAAGUCGUCGAAGAUCUCGAGAACUAACAGACCUUUGACGUAAAAAUCGACACAGUUCCACGUGGAAAGUGCAGGAUUCAAGAUCCAGACGUCCGAACCAAAUCGACUAAAGACACAGAUAUUUUUUCAUUCCUCAAUUGCUGACAGAAUUACGAAGACUACGUACUUCGACGAGCUUCGUGAUUUCGUGCAAAUACAUCACUUAUGAUUACGUAUAAAUGUUUGUAACUAAAGUUUCGACAUUUUAUCAUCCAGCGUUUAUAUUGCAUUUUAUAAAUUGACAAGCGAAUCGUUAAACGACGGAUCACGUUUAAAGGACGAUCAAAGCUCCAAAGUUUCAGUGAUAAUUAUCAUUAUUAAAUUAUCACAGCAGCGUAUCAUUUAGUUUAUAAUGACGAUAUAGCUUAAUGCGGCAACUUGUUGCAUAUCCUCUACUAAUUAUUUUAUUGACAAAAUGACGCGAAGAAAACGGUGUCAAAGUUCCAUCGCUGUUUCGUUUUAUUUCUGUACAAACUUAUGGCGAAUUUUAUGACAAACCAAAAACGUUAUUAAUCAAACCUUAGAUUCAUACAUCGCAAUUGCAAUUAUUGCUCAUCCUUAUUGUUCCACUUUAAGGAAUUGCUCGAGCUGAUCGGAUUGAACAUUCCUUGUGAGUUUACGUGCUUUUAAAUAUUGCGAACAGUCUAUGUUUAAUUUAUGUUUUUGCAUACUUUAUAAUUAGGCUGAGGAUUUUUAUACAUUUCUGCGAAAAAGGACGCAAAAAUGCGCAGAAUGCAUAUACCCAAAGUAAGAUACUCAUUAUAUUUUUUAAUAGACAAAACGAAUCUCUAUCGACUCUCUAUUAAUACGAAAAUAUAAAUUUGCAUAAAAUCCAAAGUCUAUUUAUAUUCGCAACAAUGACAAGUAGCUAGCGCGCUGUAUUUUAGUUUAAGGCACUUUCAUACAUCAUCGUUUCAUCGUUAUAAUACAAUAGCGUGUGAGGAAGAAGAAAAAUAAAGGAACUUGCUUUGAAGAAGCAAAUCAAUUGUAAAAUACGAUUCGUUCGACGACUAUAAAAUGCGUAAAUUAACAAAUCGUCGAAAGUAAUGCGUGUAUUUGCAGCGAAAAAAGUGUUGUUCAAUUUAUCAAUAGACUGCGGAUUUUUGUGCAAAUUCAAGUGUUCCAGAAUACAAUAAAAAAUGUAGAACUUGGGAAGAAUAUCGGUUUACAUACAAGGUAUUAUAAAAAGCCCUAUGCUUUGGAUAUCUUACAUAUCUUUUCAUAUUACGUGCAUUCUAAGCGAUUUUACAUUUUCAAAUAUCCCAUAAAUGCAUAAAGGUCCGCAGUCUACCUAUCAAUUUUCUCAAACCUUUCGCAAGCCAUUUUCGUAUUUCACGGUCUACUGGACGUUCCUUGAUACUCGGUUUGCGUCUGUCGUAAUUAUAAUUUGAGCGAACAAGGCGGAAAAAGACGUUGCCUCGGACUUUUCCGAUUCUUCGUCGAGAUUGAUACCGUUCUUCUGUUCUUGACGAGGGGAAAGUCGAUGAGUUCGGAUAGGGCGCGUAGAAACGAGAGAAAGGGACAAAGAACAGGGAGCAGAAGAGACAAAUAACGCAGAAUAAUGCCUGCUCGGUUUACGAGGAACGGUGUGUCGAGGCAUUAAAGUCGAUUGACGUGAUGUCGUGGGGGCGCGGUGAACACGACUGAGCUCACCGCACAGCAAAUUCUUGUGGCAUGGCCACGAGAGUAAAAGCCAUAUAACACGCGAGUGUACAAUAACCUUCUGUUGCUCCAAUUGAUCGUUAAAACGGUUGCUCGAGCCACGUUGAACAUAUUGAUCCUGUGCUACAUGCCGACACGUUCCCUCCAUCGGUAGGCCAGGUGCCUGUCGUAUCGAAUAUGCUGCCAUUACGUGGCUGAAUUAUAUCGACAAGAGAGUAGCGGUGCUAGUUGCUCUAUGAAUUAAAAAAUAUUGACCCCUUAAUUAAUAUGGACCACUAUGCAGUACGAUCCGUUCACUGACUGCCAACAUUACACUCUGACACAUCCUUCCUUCAUUUUUUGGCAAACAGGGCAAAUAUGUGUCAGAGUAUCUCGACAAACACGCGGUGACUAGUAGUAUAUGUAUAUAUUCAGUGAUUCACUUUUGUAUUUUGCCUUCUAAAAUGCCGUAUCUUUUUCUUUUGCGUUGAUUCUGUUUUACCGACUUAAUCCACUGAUUCGUGUAGUUUGGUUCCUAAAGUUCAUUUUACAUACUUUUCUAGUUUCCCGGUUGUAUUUUCCUCCUUUAUUUUCUCUUUCUCUUUGUUAUUCCCCGUUCAAGCAGUGUAUUUUUAUAACAGCGCAAGUACGUUUAAACAGUGCGUUUUCCUUCGCGAAUAGUCAAAAAUAGUUUGCGGCUCUAAAACAAGAAUGCCAUGCUUGUAAAUAUUCAUUGUAUACGUGCAUACAUUUGUACAUACAGAGUGUUCUAGUUCUUUUUGGGAAGACGAUGCUAGCGUGUUUCACAAGUGAAAAUAAGAAAAAUAAGUAAAUGCUUUACAGAAAAGUUAUAACUAGAUCGCGGAUUUAUACUCAUCUAUGGAAAACUUUAAAGUGGAGAAAUAUAUAAAAUGCAGGUAAUAUAUAAUAAAUGUUCAAAGUGAAAUAAUUGUUAUCUUUUAUGGGUAAAACAGAUGUUUAUGUACGUUUCAUUGCCUUAGGUAUGUAAAUAAACAUAUGAAACCGCAUAUAAAUCCACAGUCUAGUUACAACAAAUAUGCAGAAUGAUAAUUGGUAAUUGCUUCCUUUAAAUGUAAUAGUUGAACGAACAUUAGUGUAAGCACUGGAUGAGUUAAUUUCUCGAGUUCCAAGAUAGGCUAUUCCGCUGUUGGACUUUUAUUUAAAAGAUAAAAUUUAUACGACAAGAAUCAAUACGCGAAAAAACUGCCACAGAAAAAGUUCAUAACGUAUUCACAAGAAACUCGCAAUGCAAAAAUAUUUGUAAUUCGAUAAUUUCAAGUGGAACUGACAUAAAUUCCGCGAAUCUGUUUCUACUUUAUCGAACGAGAACGCGUUGUUACUUCGUAAUUUUGUUACAACUUUUCACAAAGCUAUUUGUGACGCCAUGUCUAGAACUCAUAGACUCCUCGCAGCCUAUGCUCGCAUCGUUUUACAGAAAAACUGAGACAUUCUAUAUAUCUGUAAACGUACCAAACGGAGCGUUCGUAUCUUUUGCGUUCCUAAUUCUUACGCGAACGAAUGGAGAAAGAAGGAAAAGCAUCAAACUCUCUACGAUAAAAGAUAAAAUAGAAAAAUACAUAGGUAUUAAGGCAAAGCAAAAGAACGUUUAAAAAUGAAAAAAUUAGAAUCUUGCUAAGAAAUAUCCAAUUUGUUCCGUCGAAUUUUAAUAAUUCCCAGAUAUAACUUAAAUUGACUAAACUGAACAAUAAAUUAUAGUUGUUUAUAAAAAGGAAUCACUUGUUAUUCCUUGAAAUAGAUCGAUUACUUGCAAAAUUAAAAGAAGAAAUGUUAUCGUUUACAGGAAAUCAAUGUUGCUAGAAAAGAGUAGCGUACUGGUUUUACAUGAUGUUCAACUGUUGUUCAAAUAACGGAAGGAAACAUAUUAUACAUUAUGAAUUAGGUUUGGUGUAAACCAGGCUUGUAGAUUAAACGAUACUUUAAAAGAUAUAUAUUUCCAGAAAAUAGUAAUAAUAAUGAAAGAGAGAAUACAAAUAUAAAGGACACUUGCGAGAAUGACAAUCAUAUCGAAAUAUAAAACAACAAAAUAUAACUUACAAUGUCUUGUAAUAUUAUAUUAAUUGCGUACGUGUUUGAAUCGUUUCUCACACUUGUAACUAAAGCAGUUAGUUUCAAUGAACAUAUGCAAUAAUUCUAGUCCGUCCGUUUGGUACAUCAAUCUCGGAUAUGAAUUAAACCUUUCAAUCGAUCGUAAUAACGGGACGUGUCGGCACCACACAUUGGUCCAACUUGUGUGCAAAUUCUCGAAACGGCAAAUUAUUUCGUUUUAAAAAAAGGGUCAAGGAUGGGGAAAUAAAUCAAUGAAAAUACGUCUGAAAAUUCGAUCGGUUGUCGAAAGAUUGGUUUUUACGUAUAAUUUAGCGAAGGAACAGCAAUUAUAUGAAAGUAUCGAGUCCAAACUAGUGAUAGCAUUUAAACAUAGCAAACAGCGGCUGGCCCGCGAACUUGGUGUUUUCAGUUUCAAUGAAAAUACUGUUUCAUAGAGCGGAGUAUCAAGAGAUAUCUUUAAUCUUGAUUUUCUUGUUGUUUCCCGAAAUAAUUUUUAUACGAAUAUGUACAUAUGUACAUAUACAUUAAGAUGAUUCUUAAUCUUACAAAUAACUGAUCGAACGACAAUUAUUUCUCUCUCAUCUGGCGGAAUUCUUCUAAUCCGUGAUAUAAUGAUAAACGAGUCGCAUACUUGCCAAAUCGGUUACCUCGACGGAAAGAAAAAAAGAAAGAGAAAACUCUUGAUGAACAGCGAUCAAGUAGUUUGGUAUUAAAAUAUCGAAAAUUUUAAGGAGAAGGUCUAACCACUUUGGCCUGUGAACGACUCGAAUAAUGCCUCGAUAAUUCGAACACGAUUGGAUAACAAUAAAGUGUACUCGAAAAGUAUCCAAAUUUAAACAAUAUGAUAUUUUAAUACAUAAUCCAUACUCUUUCACUGUGUUAUUCAAAUAACACAGCGCUUCUACUGUUUUUAAAUCUUUCUUAAAGCUAUAGCUAUAAGAUUUUUAAGCUACACUGACGAGCCCAAGGCUGAAGUAUUUAUGCGUUUUAUUAAACAGGAUUAUGGAAAUCUAGAAGCAAUAUUAAUUGCAAAUUGUGAUACCGCUUGAAUAAAAGGACUUCCAAACUACUACAAUUAAAUUUGCAGACUUCUGGAAUACAUUUUGUAACGUUUCCAUCAAACUUAUGGCGUUAAAAUGCUAGUUCUUCAUAGAUUGGAAUAAUUCCGGUGCAUGAGAGCAAACGAUUUCCAAUGAAAGAUAAGUACAUACGAGAUGGUCCGUAUAAAGUAUUACGAGUUGUUUUCCACAGGAUUAUUAGACAUAGUUGCCACACAUUUUCUAUUUAAUAAUUCAUUUAAUUUAAUAUUCGUAGAUGAAGGGAACUCUGUUGUUAAAUGAUCCUAAAGAGAAAAUAGUACCGCGACUGUGAUAAGAGAAACGAUGCAAGAAGAGAGAAGAGGAGAAGAGGUUGAUCACAACCUGCUAGCGAACUCAUCCGUUAGACUACCUACCAUAACUGAAAGCGAUACAGUAAGAUCACAAAAUUGGCCAGUGGUUAAAGUUUACAGUUUUGACAACCGCAAUCAAUAAUUUGAAAUGUAUUGGGCUCAUAAGAACCCUAGGGCUUCGUUUAUGAUCAGUCAGGCGGUGGCAACUCUAGAACUACUUCUUCCUCUUUAAAUAAAAAAUAGCCUCCUUAUUUAUAAUUUCUAUUCCGGUUUUAUGACUCAUCGUACGACACGUUGAACUAAAUGAUGACAGAAAUAGAUUUUAAAAAACCUACGUGCAGCAUACACACCCACUAGUUGCGUCUAGAUCAAUAGACAGGCUAUAUCAACUCUAAAACUAUUCCUUCCUCUCUAAAAAAAACAUCUCUCUAUUUGUAACUUCUAUUCCGGUUUAUGAAUCAUCGUAGGAAACGUUGAACCGAAUGAUGAUAGAAACUAAUUUUAAAAAACCUGUGUGUGGCACACACAUCCACUAGUUGCAUCUAGAUCAACUGGCGAACCUAUUCGAUGCUCUAUUUUAUGACCUCGUUAUGUCGUUUACUAUACUUUAGACGCUGAGGUAGUAAAAAUCGAGGUGAAGGAUUGUAUAUACAUAUAGAAAGGAAUAGUAGGACGAGUGGGAGAAUUGUAACUUCAGUUUUUUCUUUAAUGAAAUGAUAUAGAUAUUUUUAUAUGUAUUAAUUUGUAAUAAUCUCAUUCUACAAAUAAUUGAGAGAAUGAAAGAGUGGUUCAUUUGAAUUUGAUUUUAAUAAAUGUUUAAAAUGCUGUUUUAUGAGAUUUAUAACAACUAUUGUUUCCACGCUUGUGAAUUAUUAUUGUUACAAUUCUUAAAACUCUGUCCUUCAUUGCAUAGGAAGUAAGAGAAAUUCAUAUAUCAUAUCAUCUGUUUCUCAUUUUAUGCGUUUUCUAUAAUUUAUACACCGACGAUCAGUGAUGCGUUAUUUAGAAGUAUAAGAAAUGUUCCUAGGACUAUAAUUUCAUUUUUCCAUAAAUUGCGAAACAUAAGAUAUGAAACAGCGAUAUAACGAUACAUUUUAAAACCAGUAAAAGUUUCUAUAUAUAUGUAUGUCCAAUAGCACGUAUUAUACUUAGCAACUUAGGUAAUAUCGAAAAAUUGUUGUAAAUUUCUACAAAGCUGCCUCGAUACUGUCCUAUAGUACAGCAGUAUUCCAUUUUCUGAAAUCUUUUCUCAAGUUGAAGGAACAGGAAAUGGAAAAGAAGGUCCAUUUUACUCUUUGGAGAACUCAUACGUUCUCUGAAAGUAUUCGAUGAAUCAUUAAACGUUCGAUAAAAUAUUUCCUUCUAUUAAUCCUCGAGAAGAUAACUCGCAAUACUUUGCGCGGAUCAUCUAAAAUUUAAAAGGCAGAAUCAUCUAAAAUUUAACAAUCGUAAACGUGUUGGCCGUCUUUUGAUUCAGAUAUACAUAUAUGCUAUGUAUAGCGUAAAGGCUUAAAUAUUUUAUACUAUUGGAUCCUGUGUUCAGAUACAGUACAUGAAAUGUAUCUCCAAAUUUUUGUAUAGCUGGUCGCAUUGUGCUAGUUAGGUUGGUUAAACAUUUGUCGAAUCGUAAUUAACAUAGCAAUAACUCAAAGAAGAAUAUUAUCGUUGUUUGCUCAUAAUGCAUUCAUAAUUCCGAUGCAUUAAGAAUAGUUUCUACUAUAACGCUAUGAUGAUAAUACGUGAUGUUAAAUAGUCAGAUUUCUCAAGUAUACUAAGUUAACUGACGAUUGCAAUUUCUGCCACGCUGCGAACGCAGUGGAUCGAUGUUAAAGUGGGCAGAGCCUUUGUAACUCUCAAAUAUACAAAGGAGUCAUACAGUGAUAAUAUUUUACGAAACACGCAUAUUAUAUAGUUAAUUCCUUUAUUAAUUCUCGAUAUCUCACUAUAAAAAUCUGUCAUGUAUCUAAAACCGUUUUGUUAAUUAAGUAGCUACCUAUUAAGAUCCGAUUCUAUCUAUGUAAUAAAUAAAGUAUUUUAAAUAGUUUCAGAAACUUAAAAUUACAACUACAACAGCGUUCAUAGAAAUAUAGUUUCUAUAAAAACUCAUUUAUAAUUCUUUUAACAAGCGAAAUGUUGUAAUGAAGCUCUUGAUCAUUCCGUACAAUCGAAUAAGCGAAACAAGACAAAUUGUGCGCUUUGUAUCAGCAUCAGCAUAUACGUAUAUCUUGUAAACUAUGCUGAAUGCAAUGACUAAUUAAAACUUCGUAUAGUUACGUAUAUUAACUUAAUUUGCCAACCUGAUCCGAUAUUCUUCGCAAGAUAGAUAUCUUUGGAGAAAGAAUAUACGGAUCAUGUAAUAAGUAUAUGCGUAUUUGUUUAAGUUUCUCUCACGUAUUAUUAACCCUACACUGCGGUUCUCCGAUUUUUUCGUCUCGUCCCUGUGUCAACAGAUACAAACGCUUUUAACGUUCUAGGAAAAUUUGUAAAAUAAUAUUCAAAGAAGGAAUUUGCAUAUCAGUAACGAUUGUUUCAUAUUUCCUCUGAACUGAGGAAACUUUUUAACGCUGGAGGUAUACAGGAUCGAGACGAAGAUGAGCCGAGGAACGCAAAGUAGAGUUAAUAAUAGGUGCACAAAUGAAUAAUCCAAUGAAGUGAACAAUUUUCAGUGCUCAAAGUCCAAAGCUCAGAGUUGUAUAUCGAAAAGAUACCGCAAGUAGUUCGAUCAAAGUAUUUGUCGCUGCCUUUUGUAACUUCAAGCCACCUAUUUAGGCAAGUGAUGAAUUCCAUCACGGGAAAAUGUGUCUUUAGAUUCAUUAUAGAAUUUACGUUCAUCAUAGAAGAUCCGAUCGUCAGGAUAUUGAUAAAGGACAACGCUCUGCGCAGUUGCUGCGUGACAACGCUAGGCCACGCACUGCCUCCGCGACGAAACAUGUCAUAAGGAGUCUCGGAUGGGACACGUUUCCUUUUCGUAUUCAAGCAAUUUAGUCCCCACCGAUAUUAUAUUUGCGUUACUUACAUUACAUGCAGUUUACGUAUAUGAACUUGAAAUAUUCAUAUCUUAAUAUUAAUAAAUUGGUAGUAUUUAAUGUAUUAUAAUCGGAUCGAUAUGUUACAGCUCUCCAAGGAUGAGCGUAUGACUUUGCGUCACAAUACUACGUCACAUGAGAAUGGCAGACAGUAAUUCACUUUCUGGAGUUUCCUAAUGAAGACUGUUCUCGGUUCGCCAAAUAGUUAAUUGAUUAAAUAGUAACAAAAAUGGCAUUGCCACAAUACAUGAUCUAUCAAUCCUGACUUUCAUGACCACACUGGCACUUAGGGUCGCUUAUUAUACCUGUCCGGGCUGAUGAGAUGCCCAGAUUGUAAUGGCCUGAUCUACACCUAUUGGUUGCCAUUAUAAUUCCUCGUUUUUAGUUUUCCUGCGCAUACUAUGAUUUGGUCUUUUGGUCAUGGAAAUGUAGAAAAACAAUUAAAUCCUUUGGCAAUUAAAAACAGUUGAAUCCUGAGCCUUCUUCGGCGACGAUGUCGUAGGUGUUUCCUCUUGCUACCGUCUUAACGUGUUCCUUGAGAUUUCCAAUGGGAAUUUUGAAGGAAUUCAUCGGUACUGACUUGGCUUCAUCUUUUCGGAACAUCCUACAACAGCUAGCUCAUUCACUAGACAUUAUUUCUUCGGAUUACCAUCGGUUCUGAUAGACGCAACACGCCUUAUGUACAUGAUACAAAGUUUCGAUUAGCGGAUGAGACAGAAAAGUGACAGGACGAUCGGAUCCGGUCCGAGGACAGCAUUUUUCGCUGAUGAAAUUCAGCGCUUGCCUGAUGGAUGGCUUGAAAUAAUAGAAAGCUAAGGUUUGAUACUCUGAUUGCAUAAUUUGCUGUAUUCUUUUUCAACAAAUUUUGAAUUUCACUGACAGCUUUGGAUUAUUCGUUUUUACAUCUGCCAGUUAUUUUAGCUUGAAGAAUUUGCUUCGAGUGUUCAUCUAAGGGUGCAAUUUCUGGUAUUUUUAUUUGUAGUAGUCAAGUAUGGUGUAACUCCAACACGUCGACCGUUAAUAUGUAUUGUGCAUUUUUCCACAAUGUUAUAAAGAAGCGGUCGCUGCAAUGGCCAACAGAGAAACAUUAAUUUUCUGUGCUUUAAAAUACGAACUACAUAAACAUAUUACACGAUAGGAUUAUAUGUACUUUUUAUGUCAGCCAAAUAUUUAUGUAUACUCAUUUUUUAUGAAUCAAGGAUUCGCAAUCGGUACUAGAUGUUUGAAAAGAAUAAAUUGAUUUUUCAUAAUCCUCUGUACACGUGGUACAUCCUCUUUGUAUCGUAGAUUGGUCUGUAUUUGCUGAAAUGCUAUAAAUGUUACUGCUUUUUGUGUUUUGAUAGGAAACCUAAUAAAUUAAUUAUCGUGUAUAAAAAGUGGAACGAUGUCAAAAUUAACGACGAUAUUAGCGAAACUUAUGCUGAAAUUUAUGAUAGCUUUAGGUACAUCUAAAUAAUGUACAAUAUGAUAUUUGAACUUGUAUCAAAUUUGGUAGAAGAAAAGGAAGAAAAUUUUAUUUAUUUCAAAUUGAGUAGAGAAAAUAUUCCAUUUCAAAUGUAAAGACACAUCGAUUUCACGAUUUUAUCGUGUACAGGAUUUUUAAAUGAGAGUACAUCCAUAUUGUUGAUAAUUAAAUUAAUUAUUUAUCAUCUUUUCUUAAUUGAGAAAGUAUCCUAUAUACAUACGCUUUAUGUUCCAUUUUGCAUUCAAUUCUUUUUGCAAUAAAUAAUUUCUGGUUGCAAAAUUUCCUCUUCAUUGUCACAUUAUUUCCAACAAAAUUAUUAAAGCAACUUUCGUUUAGUCCUCUAACUUACAUUUAGCAAAACGUUUAAUCGAAUAUCUUUUAUGCAUAUAAGACGACUAAUAAAUUAAUUUGUCUUUAUUUUUCAAUUUGAACAUAUUUUCAUAAAUUAUCAUACUUUGAAUUUCCAAGAUAAUAAUUGUUCACUUUCGAUUUAUUUCUAUAGAAAGAUUAAUGUACACAAAAUCUUAUGAUAGACCAGAAGAGGAAAAUUUCUUCAUAUAGUUUUAUCUCCCACAACCAUUGCCUUGAAAAAGUGAAGAAAGAAUGUUUAUGAAGAUCAUGUAAAUAUUGUAUAUGUAUUUAAGAAUAAAGAAAUAGGUAACUGCUUGACCAAUACGAAUAAGGUGCGAAAGACUGUGUGAUGUGGAACUCUAUCCUAAAGUAAGGACUAAUUAACAUUAAUAAUUUUGAAAAUUACAUAAAGUACUUGUGUCAUUAGUAUACACAAAUUAGAGCAAACAAAUUAUCGUGCCAAAUAUUGAAUCACAUAUUCGGUUGUAAAUUAAUGUGAUACCCUCUAGGAUUAUAUAUACUUACAAAUUUCAUAUUAUUUUCUCUAAUGAGUCAUCCUAUAUAGAAAUUUGUAGACUCCUUUUUCCCUAUCAUAAAAUUGAAUUAUGUAAUUAAUCGCAUUUCGUACGAAGUAAAAUAAUGCAAAAGAAGAAGAAAACGCAAAAAUGUAUGUUUCUUAUACGAUAUCUAGCUUUACUGUCAUGUUAUAAAUAGAAAUUUACGAAAAGAAAUAAGGAAAUGUAUUCGAAACAUUAUUAUAUUUGACCGGAAGACUUUAACACGUGAAACUUUUAUUCUACCUAAUUAAUUGAAAUAAUACUAACAUUAUGCAUUCCUUUUAUUGCGUUUAAGAUAUAUUUCUGGUAAAUAUCAAUAAAUUAUUUAUGUGUUA